CAACCCUGUACGAACUGCAAAAAUGCAAGUGUAGAGCAGUGUCUCUUCCUCCGGGUCUCAUCCCGCGACAUUGCUUUGAAGCCCGAUACAUCCUUCGACUUCGACUACUCCGUCGAUGACGCCCGCUUCUAUGCCAACAAACAUACCAUGAGCCCGGCCUCCCUCCACUACGGCCAACAUCCCGGGGCCAUUGGUAUCGGCGGCCUCCCUGGCACAGCGGAAGAUUCUCUCAUGGCUCAAUACGGUCGUGGUUACGCAUACGGUCACCAUCAAGCCCCGCCGCCGACUAGUCAUAAACAGGACUUCCCUGCCACAGCCACUUACGCGUCGGCUCCCAACCCUUACGGCGAUCCUACCGCUGUUAGUGUAGGCAGUCAGUUUACUAAUUAUACGGCAGCGGGGUACUCGCCGGUACAUGCCAUGGCUCAUGAGACUGUGGGCAUGGUUCCUAGUUGGAGUUCUAGAAAAACUACUCCUUAUGGCGGUGUAUAUAUGGACUCAGCUCCAGAAUCUUACGGGGGAUAUGGCAGCCCGAGCCUCGUCCAUUGCCCGGCACCCCAUAGUGGUGCCCAUCCGUUGAUACCUUGGGUCAACAAACUACGGAGAGAAGUCUUUCCGAACGGUGGGAGGUGGAAAAAAGAGAACGAGGGAUUGUAUGAUCGGAUGAGGGUGAUUCUUGGGGAAGCCCGAAAUGAUCCAAAAGUAUAACGCAGAGAUAACUUCGCGAAUUAGUGUAAUUAGCA